UUAGCACAGUAUAGACACCAACCAGUAGUCGCACUCCCUGGUUUCUGUUACUCCAUUUAUGACUCGCGCAUCAUUUCCGUGCUCCUAACCUCAAAUUGUUGAGCAGCAUUUCGAAUUCGAGCAUUUGAAAUUUGAAAGUUAAACAGAAGUAAAGGUGAACAUUAGAGACAGUCUCUGGUAAAUUGUAGCAAUUAUAAUCGUGUGAAGUAAAUAUAUUUGUGCAAAAUGGUGAAUUAUUGCAGCGUGUAUAAUUGCAAAAACAGUAGUGUUAAGAAUCCUAAACUUAGUUUUUUUCUCAUACCAGGAGACACUUUCAGGCAAAUGAUUUGGCUUCCAAAAAUGGGAAGGCAAGAAUGGAUUCUGAAAAGACCAGAACUUCUCCACAAAAAAAGAAUAUGUAGUGAGCAUUUUUCUAAAGAAAUGCUAUCUGGAAGUAGAUUAAAAAAGGAUUCUUUUCCAGAUUUAUUCAAAGAAGGCAUUGGUGAGAAAGGGGUGAAUGUAAAUGCUUCAACUUCUGCUUCAACAUCUUCAAUGGAUAUUGAAAAUAAUGAGACCGUAGAUGAAUGCCGUGAGAUUUCUAUAAACCCCAACAUAUAUACUACACCAGAAAAGAAACCAGAAGAAACACAAACAUCUCCUAGUUUGUCUUCAGCCACUCCGAGGAAAAGAAAGUUACAAUCAGUGGUGAAGAAUUUGAAACGAAAAUUAGUUGCAACUCCAGAGAAGAAAUCUGUAGAUAUAAGUGAUGAAGAUUUCAUCCGAUUUUGUAGAAAAAAUUUCAAUUCGACCCUGGCAGAUUUUAUGAUCUCCCAAUUGAAGCUUCGAAAAAGGAAACCUCAUGGCUAUAGGUAUUCAGUCGCUUUUAAACAAUUUGCACUAACAAUAUACUUUUCGGGACCCAAAGUGUACCAAUUUCUACAAAAAACAUUUUUUUUGCCACACAAGGCAACACUUUGUAGAAUAACCACAAAUUGGGAUUUCUCUGUUGGCUUAAAUGAGCACAUAUUUCAGGCCAUUUCAUUAAAGACAAGGAAUAUGGACGAUGCAGCAAAGGAUUGCAUUGUGUGUGUUGACGAGAUGUCAAUAAAAACCCAUUUAUUUUACAAUAUCUCAUUGGAUCAAAUUAUUGGAUUUCACCAAUCCUUGUGAGAAAUUUCCUUGGAAUUACUUACUAAGUUUGUAUGUUAGAUUAAGAAUUUUUUACACACUUAAAUUUUGCAAUAGAAACUUCAUUGCACAAAAAACAAACAAAAAAGAAAAAAAAAUUAUAAAAAUUUUACAUUUAUAGAUAUAUUAUUUGUUUCUCGUGUUUUUUGUAUUAUAUGUAUGUAUUAAUAAAAUUUUAUUCAUUA